CAACAGCUAUGGUAACACCAUCUGCAACACCUACUUAUUAUGAUUGGUGUUCGUCUAAUCCCUGUCGUAAUGGAUUUUCAUGUUAUAAUAAUCGUUGUUAUUGUUAUGCUGGAUAUACGGGACAAUACUGUGAAUCUUCAGUGACAACUACGCAAGCUGCAACUACUGCUUAUUAUGAUUGGUGUUCGCCUUAUCCCUGUCGUAAUGGAUAUUCAUGUGAUAGUUAUUAUAGACGUUGUUAUUGUCAUGUUGGAUAUACGGGACAAUAUUGUGAAUAUUAUAUUUCCGCCUCCCCUGUAAUUACUGCAAUGUCGACAACAGCUAUGGUAACACAAUCUGCAACAACUAGUUAUUAUGAUUGGUGUUCGCCUAAUCCCUGUCGUAAUGGAUUUUCAUGUUAUAAUAAUCGUUGUUAUUGUUAUGCUGGAUAUACGGGACAAUACUGUGAAUAUUAUAUUUCCUCCUCUCCUGUAAUUACUGCAAUGUCAACAACAGCUAUGGUAACAUUAUCUGCAACACCUAGUUAUUAUGAUUGGUGUUCAUCUAAUCCCUGUCAUAAUGGAUAUUCAUGUUAUAAUAAUCGUUGUUAUUGUUAUGCUGGAUAUACGGGACGAUACUGUGAAUAUUACUAUGGAACAGCAACAACAUCAACAACAGUGUCAACAACAGCUAUGGUAACACAAUCUGCAACACUUAGUUAUUAUGAUUGGUGUUCGCCUAAUCCCUGUCGUAAUGGAUAUUCAUGUUAUAAUAAUCGUUGUUAUUGUUAUGGUGGAUAUACGGGACAAUACUGUGAAUAUAAUAUUUACACUACAACUCGAUCACCUCAGAGACAGGGUGAGCAAGACGAUAUCCAGGUACUUUGUGAUCAUAACAGGUUUCAAGUGACAGUAGAUCAUGAUUGGUUAGUUUCAAAGCAUCCUACAGUAUUAAGCUCUGCGUAUAUGAAUAUAUAUUUUGGCACUUGUCAAGUAUAUAAUCGUUACAGUAUUUACAUGUCAAACCAGUACAGUUUUAUACAUUACUUUAUCAGCUGUGGAACUACAAGAACGGAAACGUAUAAUGAAAUUGUGUAUACCAAUAGGCUGUAUAUUAAAGAUAAUAAUGCUAUGAUAACACGAGAAGAGAUGGGAUAUUUGAUAGAAUGUCGAAUGAAUAAAGAUACGUCUGUCAACGGAAGUUUCCAUUCUUCGAAUGUAUCGCAAAUAAUUUCCAGUUCUGGCAACUUCUCGGCUUCAAUGAGAUUCAGUAGACAAGAGUUUUCAAACUAUAUCUACACUUACCCUGCCCAAGUGAGUUUGAAUGAAACAAUUUACGCUCACAUUAAUCUUGAUUCCAUGCUUUAUUCGCUUAAAUCAGUUAUAGAAGAGUGUGUAGCAAGGCCUGAUAACACUUCACGAACUGACGAAGUAUAUUACCUAAUUAGAAACAGGUGUCCAGUAGAUUCAACCACGGAUAUGGUCCACAACCAGACAUCUAAAUUCCGGUUCAAAACUUUUGAUUUUAUUCGGGAAACUGGUUCUGUUUAUAUAGAAUGCAAAGUACACAUCUGUACUGCCGAUGAUAACUCUUAUAGAUGUACUUGGGGCUGUUCCGGUUAUGGUCGUAAGAAGAGAACUGUUGACGUAGAGGAACCUAUUACACUGUCUAAUGGGCCGUUUGUCUACAUCAUGGAAACCACCAGCGAGGAUACAGAUGUGGACAAUGGUGUGACAACAGCUAUGGCAGUAGGUAUAGGAGUAGGUACAACGGUUGUGGCUGCAUUUGUGAUAACAUUGGUCGUUAAACUCAAACCUGUUCUGAUGGCCAGCGCCAAGGUGGCACCCGCUGGUUAUAUGAGUGUCCCUCAAACAAUGUAAACGAUAUGUUAUAUUGUCUUUAUUUAAAUAUUUCU